AGGAAACAAAAAUAUAACUUGCACCCCAAACACAAACAGCUGGUUAGGAGAGCAAUUUGAACAAAAGGAAUUUAUCCCUUGUAUCCUCUCGCAUUAUUUAACCCUUUGCAAGCCCAAAGAUAUCCCACAGAAACCCAACACCUUCCUCAAUUAGACAUCGAUUUCUUCUUCUUCGCUAAGAAAAAGAAAAUGGCAAACGCAGCCGUGACUGUGAUGCUCGUGCUCAUCAUCGCCGUCGUCGCUGCAACCACCGAAGGAGCUCAUAGCAGAUCCACACAACCCAAGUGGGCCAAGAAGCUCAAGACAAGGAAGAAAAUGACGUCGUCAGAGACAGUGACCAACCUCCAAUUCUACUUCCACGACACAGUCAGUGGGGAGAACCCAAGUGCCGUCCGUAUAGCCCAAGCCACAGACACCAACAAGUCCCUCACCCUUUUCGGAGCUCUGCUCAUGGUAGAUGACCCGCUAACCGAAACGCCUGACCCGAAUUCCAAGCUCGUGGGCCGGGCGCAGGGGAUGUACGGGUCAUCCGGGCAGCAAGAGUUUGGGCUUACUAUGGCCAUGUGCUUCGCGUUCUGUGAUGGCAUUUACGAUGGGAGCUCGAUUAGUAUUUUCGGUAAGAACCCGGCUCUGAAUCUGGUUCGGGAGAUGCCGGUUGUGGCCGGAACUGGCAUUUUCCAGUUCGCCCGGGGUUAUGCAAUUGCCCGGACGCAUUGGUUUAAUAUUAUGGGCGAUGCAAUUGUUGAAUACAAUGUCACUGUUAUUCACUAGAGUUUAAACUUUGAAUACUAAUUUCUGGUUUGCUUGAUUGUUGAGGGUGAUGACUAUUUUCUUGGAUUCUAUCUCACGA